CGCGGUGGCGCCGGGCAGGGGCGAGCCCGACCAGGAGCAGCGCGCGCAGAGCUAAUCUCCGACCUGGAAAGCCCUGUGAAAGCGGCAGGAAAACGCCUGAACAUGCAGAGUGCGCAGAGCCUGCGACUCGGUCCACCCAAUCAGUGCCGCUGCCUGGCUUUCCUCCUGCUCCUCCAUCUCCUGGGACAGGUCCUUGCGACUCCGCGCUGCCCCUCCUCGUGCCCGGCUCCGUGCCCCAAGAAGCCGCCGACCUGCGCCCCCGGGGUGAGAGCCGUGCUGGACGACUGCUCCUGCUGCCUGGUGUGCGCCCGCCAGCGCGGCGAGAGCUGCUCCGUGAUGCUGCCCUGCGAGGAGAGCCGCGGUCUCUUCUGCGACCGCAGAGCGGACCCCAGCGCCCAAACUGGCAUCUGCAUGGCGAUAGAAGGAGACAAUUGUGUGUUCGAUGGAGUCAUCUACCAAAGUGGAGAGACCUUCCAGCCUAGCUGCAAAUACCAGUGCGCCUGCCAAGAUGGGCAGGUUGGUUGUGUGCCCCGCUGUGAAGAGGACCUGCUACUGCCCCAGCCUGACUGCCCAGCUCCGAGAAAAGUUAAAGUGCCUGGGGAGUGCUGUGAAAAGUGGAUCUGUGACUCCAAUGAGACGGGGACAUUAGGGGACCUCCAAACCCUUCCAGCCUACAGGACCGAAGCCACUCUAGGAGUUGCAGUCUCCGACUCAGGUAUCAACUGCAUUGAGCAGACCACAGAGUGGAGUGCGUGUUCCAAGAGUUGUGGCAUGGGUUUUUCCACCCGGGUCACCAACAGGAAUCCACAUUGCGAGAUGGUGAAGCAGACCCGGCUCUGCAUGGUGCGACCCUGUGACCAAGAGCACAAGCAGCCGGCAGAUAAGAAAGGGAAAAAGUGUCUCCGCACUACCAAGUCACUCAAAGCCAUCCACCUGCAGUUUGAGAACUGCACGAGCCUAUACACCUACAAGCCCAGGUUCUGCGGUGUCUGCAGCGAUGGCCGAUGCUGUACUCCACACAACACCAAAACCAUCCAGGUGGAGUUCCAGUGCUCCCCAGGCCAGACCCUCAAGAAACCAGUGAUGGUCAUCGGGACCUGCACCUGUCACAACAACUGUCCUCAUAACAAUGCGUCUUUCCUCCAAGACUUAAAGCCAAACACCAGCAGAGGAGAAAUGUAAUGUGUCCCCUAAGAAGCCCACCUACAGAGGCAACCUGUGGCCACCCACUAUCAAAUGACUAUAAGAAAAAUUACAAAGAAUUAUUAUCCACAUCUGCGUCCCAUGUAUUUUCUAUGGUCAUGUGAGGUCAGUUAUGUCUGUUUUUUUUUUCAUGAAAGAUAUGAUUAACUGUAAACUUGGAAUCAAGGUAAGCUCAGGAUAGUGCUUAGGGAUGACAUUCUUUUGUGCUGUUUACUACACAUGGAAAUUUCUGUAAACUUCAGAAAUCAGAUAUAUGUCUUACUGUGUAGACUGUAUCCCAUUACACUCAUUUUGUUAUACGCUAGUGAAAUUUCAAGAAAAGGUCACAGUAAUGAAUGACAUGGUGAAAUCUAAGGUCAUACUGAGGGUGUCAUCAUACAAAUAUUUCACCAUAGAUUGAGAUUUGACCUAAGGGUUCUCUGUGGAGCGCUCAUUUUGAGUAGCUCAACUCUGAACUUCAAAUUCCGAGAUCCAAGGAAACAUAUAGCUCUUCAACUCGAAAUCUAGAGAUUAUUAGUUUUUUGUGUACAUAGAAAACAAGCUGUAUCUACGGUAAUGGAAUGCUUAUUAAUUAAGUGCACUGGUGUCAUAAAUUGGCUCCAUUUCAGACAAGUUGACUCCUUUCCAAAAGAAAGAAGCUAAACAGAAAACUCUCCCUUAUACAUAGAUGACCAGCCUCUACCAGCCCUCAGACAUUUGUAUGUGUCUGGAGGCUGCUGGGGAUCACUAGUUUUUUAAUUCAGAAGAAGCAGAACAUAUCAGCAGGGCUCCUCUCGCCUUACUGAUGAAUAAAUUGAGGCCCAAAGCACCUGAUUACAACCCUCGAUGACUUUCAAGUGUGCUGGUAGUGGAAUUUUGAAAAAGAAGAACAAAAUCGACAAGACUGCAGUGACAAGAUACCACAAACUCUAUGGGAGUUUAGAAUUAUUGUACAGAUCCCCAAACUUAUCCUUGGGCCUUAGUUAUGCAAACUCAUGAACAAGAUAUAUGUGUCUACAUACAUGUAUCUAACUUGUCAGGCUAUAAGAUAGGUUGCAAACUUAAAAUGUAUACAUUCUUCUAAUGUCACCUUAUGUGUUCAGCUUUUCUCCUUUGAAGUAUUUAUAUAAAUAUAAAUUAUACAUUUUUAAAAUAUUCUUUUUACUUUCUCUGUUUGUCAGACAUUACUAAAUAAACAUGAUCUUAUCAGUGUGUGA